AUGUGGUGCCACAUGCAGAAGGUCCCCACAUGCCUCUUCUCCCUGCAUCCGCCGACAAUGUUCAACUCCACCUGGAGUCCCACUGGCAACUUCUCAAUCAACUCCACCACCCCCGGCGCCCCCGGUGGACCUCCGCCAUGGUACCAGUACCACAUGUGUUCAGUGGCCCCUUACGGCUACGUGUUCUACUUCGUGCUCAAGAUUUUGAACCUGUUCGUGGGGACGCCCUGUAACAUCCUGGUCAUCUGGCAGAUCAUCUCGAAGAAGAGCGACGCCUCCACCUCGGACACCUUCAUCUUAAACCUGGCCAUCCUGGACGCCUUCUUCUGCCUGAUGACCCCCUUAGAUAUGAUCAACCGCCUGCUGCUGGGGGACAGCAACUUCUGGUUCUUUCUGAAAUUCACUUACGGGGUCAAAGAUUUUGCGCCGCUCUUUUUGGUGUGUAUCUGCCUCGACCGCUACAUCGCUGUGGUCCACCCGGUGCUGUUCACCAGCGUCCGAGACAACAAGAUCCGCAUCGGCGUCUCCGUGCCCGUGUGGGGCUUCGUGCUGGCGUACGGCGUCGGCAAAAGCCUCCUGGACGAGGUGACGGCCAGCGCCAUCUUCAGCGGGGUCAUCCUCUUGGCCUUCGUGGUCAUGGUCUUCUGCAACAUCUCCAUCAUCUGGGUGCUGAGGCGCUCCGUGGCGGGCAAGGAGGUGAUGCACCCGGUGAAGAAGAGGGCCUUCAAGACCGUGCUGAACAUCCUGGUCAUCAUCGUGGUCAACUACCUGCCUGCUUGUGCGCUCAUGCCCUUUGUGCCGUACUACACGCUGGUGCAGUACCACUGCCAGGUCACCACCAGCGUGUUCGCCCUCAUGGAUCUGAGCUGCAGCCUGGAGCCUCUCCUCUACAUCACCAAGAUGGAGCUCAUGGAGAUCAAGUGCUGCGGGCGGAGUCGGUCCGAGAAGCCCGAGGAGGUCAGGGUGUAG